AUGUCACCCCGGAGCGUCAAGGUGGCCGUCACCCAGGCGGAGCCCGCGUGGAUCGACCUGCCGGCCGCCGUCGAGAAGACGUGCGCCCUCAUCGCCGAGGCGGCGUCCAACGGCGCGCAGCUGAUCGCGUUCCCCGAGUGCUGGAUCCCCGGAUACCCGCUGUGGAUCUGGAGCCGGCUCAUCGACUUCGACCUCAACGUCCGCUACAUGCAGAACUCGCUGCGGCUCGACUCGCCCGAGAUGGCGGCCAUCCGGGCGUGCGCGAGGGCCAACAACGUGGCCGUCUCGCUCGGCUUCUCCGAGAACGACAACAACUCGCUCUUCAUCGCGCAGGCGCUCAUCGGGCAGGACGGGGAGCUCAAGGUGCACCGCCGCAAGAUGAAGCCGACGCACAUGGAGCGCACCGUCUUCGGCGACGCGUCGGGCCACUGCCUGAAGAGCGUGGGCGACCUGUCCUUCGCCCGCGUCGGCUCCCUGGCGUGCUGGGAGCACAUUCAGCCGCUGCUCAAGUACAACACCAUCGCGCAGAGGGAGGACAUCCACGUGGCGGCGUGGCCGAGCGUCACGCCGCAUUCCGGCGACGGUCCGGAUAUGUGGUCGAUGAGCGCGGAAGGCUGCCAAACGCUCUCUCGGACGUACGCCAUCGAGGCCAGCGCCUUCGUCCUCCACAGCACGGCCUUGAUAUCCCAACGGGGCGUCGACACGCACAACAGCUCCGGCGGCGCCAUCAUGUGCGCCCCCGGCGGCGGCACCUCGGCCGUCUUCGGCCCGGACGGCCGGCGGCUGACGGAGCCCGUGGACGAGACGACCGAGGCCAUCAUCUACGCCGACCUCGACAUGGACGCCAUCCACCGGGCCAAAAUGUUUGCCGACUGCACGGGUCACUACAGCAGGCCGGACCUGCUGCGGCUCGUCGCCGACAGGGAGAUCAAGGUGCCGGUGGGGCCGGAGGGGGAGGUUGCAAAGGAGUCGAGGGAUAGGGAGGAGGAGGUGGUUCUGGGGCUUUGA